AGAUGGGUGUGUUUUAUGUACCACUGCAGCAUCAGUGUGGAAAAGACACGAGAAAAAGGCACGACUGAGUGGACGAGGAAGAAGAAUUAAAGACACAGAAGAAGAAGAAGAGAGGAGCGCGAGACAAAGGGAUAAAAGAAAGAGGAGGCAGAGGAAGAGAGGAAACACCUGCAGAGCCGGAGCAGUGUUCGUCCGGAGAGCCUCACUUCAGUUUACUCGUCUCCGCUCUCCCGAGGGUCCGGGACGUCCCUGGAGUGUGUGUGUGUGUGUCUGGUCGGGUGCAAAGGGUGGGAGGGUUUUUUUGUUUUUUUUGUGUUGAUGUGUUGAUGAGUGUGUGGGUGUCUCGCGCCACUUUUCAUGGGACAUUGAGAGAUGUGUGUGUCACGGCAUCGGUGGACGGGCUGUAGGGAGCCGCGCUCCCCCUCCCUCCCCCUGGUCCUCCUCCUCCUCCUCCCGCUGUCCUUCCUCUCCUCAACACCUCCGCUCGCUCAGGGAGCCAUCCACAUCCCCGAAGGCUACCAAGUGCAUAACACGUCUCAGCCGCCGGUGAUGAUGGAGAUGCCGUGGUCCUUCACAGCGUUUUCUCCAGAGGACAUCAAUCUGCCCUGCGAGGCCACCGGUAACCCGACGCCCACUUACCGUUGGGUAAAAGAUGGGGACACUUUCGGGCCGGAGAGGGAAGGGUCCGGGACGGUGAAAGCAAACAAGACAGAAUUCCUCGAAACGUACGCAGGGACCUGGCGCUGCUACGCCUCCAACAUGCUGGGGACCGCCAUGACACAAACUGUAGAGGUCAUCGUGGAGGCUCAACCGGUUCUGCAGAAACAACAUUACAUCCGACAGAAAGCGUACGAGGGAGAGAGCAUCGUCAUGGCCUGUAACCCUCCGCAGAGCUCCACUCCCCCGCACAUCCACUGGAUGGACCAGUGGAUGGUGCACAUAAAGCAGAGCGACAGAGUGAUUCUCGGCCUGGAUGGGAACUUGUACUUUUCCAACGUGGUGAGGAGCGACAGACGGGACGACUACAUCUGCAACGCCCAGUACGCUGCAGCCAGGACCAUUCUCCCCGAGACCCGCGUCGCCCUCACUGUCCUGCCCAGUAACGACGUGGUGCACGACAGAAAACCUCGCCUGUUCACCCCUCAGGGAACACACUCCACAGUGCUCGCUCUCCGGGAGAACACGGUCGUCCUCGAGUGUAUCCCCAAAGGCCUACCCACGCCGAAGGUGGAUUGGAAGAAGAAGGACGGCAGGCUGGAUGAAACGAGCGCUCAGCGGGAGAAACACAACCGCUGGCUGCGCUUCGACAGCAUCACUCAGGAGGACGACGGCGAGUACGAGUGCAAGGCGUCCAACGACCACGGCUCGGUGACGCACGCCUUCACUGUCACCGUGGAAGCGUCUCCUUACUGGGUCAAGGAGCCUCAGAACCUGCUGUACGCCCCCGGAGAGACUGUGAGACUGGACUGUCAGGCUGAAGGCAUCCCGACCCCGACUAUCACCUGGAGCAUCAACGGACUGCCCAUCACGGAGGUGGAUGAAGAGCCUCGCCGCAGUGUGUCGGGCGGCGUGAUGAUCCUGAUGGAUGUGGUAGCGGACACAGCUGUGUAUCAGUGCGAGGCCGCCAACAAACACGGCUCCAUCCUCCUCAACACCUACCUCUACGUCGUCGAGCUGGCUCCUCAGAUCUUGUCCUCCGAUGGAGUCGUGUACAGAGUCACCGAGGGCGGAGACGUCAUGAUGCACUGUGAAUUCUUCGGCUCCCCGCCGCCACAAGUCACAUGGGAGGACGAGGACAGGAUCCCUCUGCUGUCUCACGCUCGUUUCUCACCGCUGACCAGGGACGUCAAGCUCUCCAACGCCGCCAACGAAGACAGCCGAGCGUACAGCUGCCCCAAACACACCAACAUCUCCAUCACUGCUCACCUACGAAGGUGUGCGCGAUUAAACCACAAAAACACUAAUUUGAACUUUUCCUGUGUCCCGUCAGAUCAGACAUUGAUUCUGACGAGCCCGCAGGACGUGCGCGCGCUCAGAGGAACCAGCGCCCUGCUGGACUGCGGCUUCUACAGAGAUCCUAAACUCGAAUACAAGAUCAGCUGGAGGAAACACGGACACGAGCUGCUCGAGUCGUCGCCUGAUGACAAGCACACUGUGUUUGAAAACGGCACCCUGAGAGUGACAAACGUCCAAUCAAGCGACAACGCACAGUACACCUGCGAGGUCAGCACGGACCUGGACAGCGUGAAGGCCAGCGGCUCCAUCACGGUAGUAGCACGGCCGGACCCUCCAAAAGAUCUGACUCUGUCUGACGUUGAAGACUACAGCCUCACUCUGAGCUGGAUCCCAGGAAGCUCACACAACAGCCCCAUCAUAGAGUUCAUCGUGGAGGCGCGGGAGGAGCAACACUUGGCGGUGGGAAAGUGGGAGAGGUUGGAGAUUGUUCCCGGAGACUUUAACCACCGUCAGCUGACACUGCACCCGUUCUGCACCUACCGCUUCAGAGUCAUCGCCGUCAACCAGCUCGGGCGCAGCGAGCCCAGCCUACCGUCGGAGCAGCUCAGGACGCCGCCGGCUGUUCCUGGCACAAACCCGGAAAAUGUGCGCAGUGAGUCCACGGACGCAAAGACUCUGACCAUAUCGUGGGACGAGAUGGAGAAUCACUUGUAUUACGGUCCGGAUUUCAAGUACAAGGUGUCAUGGAAGUCCGGAAAGCCAGGCGCAGAUUGGGAAGAUGGCUACGUCGUCUCGCCGCCGUUUCAUGUAAACAACACAGGGACGUACGAGCCGUUUGAGAUCAAAGUCCAGGCUGUGAACUCGCUGGGAGCGGGACCGCCACCGCAGUCUGACAUAGGACACUCGGGAGAGGACAAGCCCAAAGAAGCUCCAACCGGAGUCUCCACCACAGUGAUGAACAGCACCGUCAGAGUGAAGUGGAACCAAGCCCAGAACAUCCGAGGGCGGCUGAGGGGAUACAAGAUCUACAUCAGUAGGUUGGGUCCCCAGGGGGGGCGGGACCGGAGGUCUCUCGGUAAACCUCACCACGAGGAGGAGAGAGAGGAGCGAUUGAGGGAGCGGCACGUGGAGAGCAGGGAGGUGGAGGUGCACGGCACGCAGACGUCGGAGGAGGUGUCGGGGCUGCGGCUGUUUUCACACUACGCGCUAACCAUGACCGUCGUGAACAGCAAGGGGGAGGGGCCUAACUCUACUCCGCACCACUUCUUCACCCCGGAGGGAGCGCCCGGUCCUCCUGCUUCACUCCGGUUUGAGAGUCCAACAGAGAGAUCUCUGAUUCUCUACUGGACCCCUCCUGAGGAAACCAACGGCCUCCUGCAGGGCUACAUGGUGCAGUAUCAACAGGAGGUGGAGAACAGAGACGGCACGUUGCAGAUGGAGAUCAUCAGCGAUCCCAGUGUCACUCACAUUGAGUUGAACUCUCUGGACCCCAGCAGCUACUACAGCUUCAAUGUGAUCGCACGCACCAACGCCGGAGAAGGGCCCCCCAUCACACGGCGGGGCGCCACCCAGCUCGAUGGAGUGCCUCCAUCCAACGUGUCCAUAGUUUCCAGUAACAAGUCGCUCAACCUGAGCUGGGUGCCCGGAGAGCGAGACAGGAACCACGGCUUCACCAUCCACUACUGCAGGAAGCGCUUCGACUGUGAGAGGAAUUUCUGGGAGGAGUCAGAGGUGGUGAACACCACGCAGGGUUUCUAUUCGCUGAGUGGCCUCAAACCAGGAACCGAGUACAAGCUAGCAAUCAUGCACGGAAACAUCACGCAGUGGGAAGAGGAGACGAUGACUAAAGGACCAGAACCCUCAGAGAUAACCGGUGGGUUCGCCACACAGGGUUGGCUGAUUGGACUCAUCAGCGCCAUCGUGCUGCUGGUGCUGAUACUGCUCAUCCUCUGCCUCAUCAAACGCAGGAAGGGCGGCAAAUACGCAGUGAAGGACAAAGAAGACAAGGAAGUAGACUCUGAGGCUCGGCCAAUGAAAGAUGAGACUUUCGGAGAGUACAGAUCUCUGGAGAGUGAUGCAGACGAGAAGCGCUCAGACAGCCAGCCGUCUCUGUGCGGGAAGAGUAAACUGGGCAGUGACGACUCUCUGGCUGAAUACGGAGACAGCGUGGACAUCCAGUUCAACGAGGACGGCUCCUUCAUCGGCCAGUACAGCGGCCGGGGACCCGUUCCCCACGGCAACGAGAGCUCUGGUCCUGCCUCCCCUGUUAACGCAGUCCCUCCUCCACCCAUCGCUCCAUCCAUGUCGAGCAUCCUGAACCGGCCCAGCUAGACACACACACACACACACACACACACACACACACACACACACACACAUACAUACAUACAUACACACUGCCCGCCUGCAGCACCAACACAAAGGGACAGACCACUCCUGACUCCACUGCCUGUAACGUUAAAGUGCAACAACACACACACACACACACACACACACACACACACACACACACUGUCUCAGUACAUUCCACAGGUUUAUGCAGUGCAGAUGUUUACAGGAUGUCUUACCUUUUCUACUUCAAGUUUACACACAAACACACACUGAAAAACACACACACACACACACACACACAUUCAAGAAGACAUGCAAAACCAGAUCACAAAACCAUCACUCUUCUGUAAGACAAAAACAGAGGGAGGAGCCAGCUGCUCCAGCUGUUUGUAACUCCAGACUUGAUAUCGUCAGAAUUUAAACUUUCCCCAAGUCGAUUGUGAUGCAUCUCUUAAUUACAGCAGGUUGAACUACUCGGAAUAGUUCCUUCUUAAGGUGUACUCCAUGUUACUGUUGGCUGGAAUGGCUGCAAAGUCGAUAACCAAACAGGCAAAUUGCUCGCUGCUUCGGUUAAAAAACAACAAAUCUCCUGCUGGAAACGAUAAAUGUUUCUGCUUAGACAUGAUGCUUAGUUGACUUUGCAUUUUGGAUUGCUUUCUGAUUGGACACAGCCACAGACAAAAAGCUUUACUAGUCAAUGUUUCUCUGACAUUUGACCAGUUUAACCCAGUCUAAUAACUUAAUAAAUUCAACGUAUAGUGCUGGAUUUACAAACAGCCGGUGCAACAACGCCAAGGAGAGGAAGAUAAGAUGUGAUGAAGAAAAAGGGAAAUCUUUCCAUCUUGUCUGACAACCACAUUGUGUCAUCGUGUAUAAACACUUAAGUGUCAUUAACACAUCGGUUAUAUAUUAUAUCAAGUCAUAUUCGGUUGUUUUUUUAUACACACACAUCACCAUUUCAGUUAUAUUCUUCACUUUUUGUGCAUUGUUGUCAAACGUCACCACGAUGUGUCUUUGUUUACACUGUUAGCGAGCUAUUUAUUUGUGUUUGUGUGCAUGUGUCUGGGAAUGAUUUGUCUAUUUAUUGUUGUGUGCGCGGCUGUCAAACCUAAGAUGCAUGCCCCCCCCUCGGAGGCAUUUAACAAAUAAUUCAGUUAAUGUUUUUUCGCAUUUUAAGUUCAAAGAGUGACUUUCAUUUUGUGUGCGUGCGUGCGAUUGUCCGUGCUCUCCGUCGCUGCCUUUUAACCUGCAGCGAUGGGAGAUCUGUUGCCUUAAACGAGUGUCCAGUUAAGCCUUCUCUCCUCCCUCUUGUCCGCGCAUCCCAUCUGUCAAAUCAUACAUUUCUACCCAAACGCAUUUCUAUCCCAUCAUCCUUAGAUCAGUCCUGUUACUCAGCAGGAUCAGGAUGUUACGGUGGCCCUGAAUGUUCAUUGCGCUGCAAACACGUCUAAACUGGAUACCUAGAAGCUCAAAGGAAAACUGCUUCAUCAAUUUGGGGAAACAUGCAUUAAGCUAUAACUGGUGUAAAAGUUAAACAAUCUGCAAAUCAAUGACAAACAGUGAAAAGUUGAUCUGAGCUAUGAUGUUUUUAUCUGAUAGUUUUGACAUUUUGAUUGCAUGGCUCAUUACUUACCUGCAGCUGGUGUUCCUCAGGGGAAUCGUACAAGAGUAAUUACCAAAAUUGAAGUGACUCCUCAAAUUUGCAUUACUGGACAGGAGGAGCCAUUUCAUAGUCACAGGUUUAUAGUCCCUGAAACAGCGUUAUGUUAUGUGUUUGAUCUUGCAGUCCUCUGAGCUUUCAGGGCCACCGUAGAAAGUGAUAACAGACAGAAAGACAUUCCUAUGCAUACACACACCAUGCACGCACAUGUACACUGAUGCAUGCAUUAAGCGGAGGCUUAUGGACAUGGAGGUCCUCUGUAGCAAAACCAUAUGGGACCCUCUGAAGGAGAGAGGGAGGAGGGAGGACAGAAACGCCCCAGGAGGAGGAGGAGGAGGAGAAAGAGAAUCUGACGUAUCGUUCUCUGAAUGUAAAUAGAACCUUGAGAUUGUCAUUUUUUAUUUCCAUUGCUUCUUUUAUAAGAUGAACAAAAUUGUAAUUUUUUUUAUUAUCUGUUGCUCUGUUGGAAUUUGUACUGUGGCGUUCCUCUGCUGCAGCUUUUGUAUCAUAAUACCCCCCCCCCCACACACACACACACACACACACACGCCAUCGUCUCCUCUUAGGUUUUCCUCUUGUUUCGAUUAGUAGCCCAGAGACAUUUAGAGAAGACUAGAAUCAUAGUGAGAACCCUCCACCCCUCCCCCCUCAACAAGUGUCUUUAUAGCGCUUUAGAGAUGCAGCAGAUAAUAUGGAUUAUUAAGUCAUGUCAUAAAUGUUAACAUUUAUAUGCCCUGACUGGGCGCUGAUGUUUGAAUGAACUCGGGCGAGGUGAUGUCGUCCUCUGCCCUCGACAGGAAAUAAAUCUCAAUACUCAGAGGGUUUAUUAUUUUUGUGGCCCCAAUGUGCCGGACAAAACUGUCUGACGAAUCAAGAGAGGGUACGUUAAACUAACCAGGGACUUCCCCAGUGUUUGGACCCAGAGCUGAACUUUGUUUUUAACGUUUGUGGAGCAGAGAGGGACAGGAGACACAAGCCUGAGGAGUCCUUUGUGUUCUUAUUAUUGUCAACAAAUCCAAAGGCUGCAGAUGUAGCCCAUAGUUUCAAGCUGGCUGGUUCCCACUGAAGAUGUUCCUAAGCUUUCAAAAAUAGUUUGUAUUUUGAUCUGUUUUUUCCUUCAAGAAUCCGUAACAAUUAGCGAAACAUAAUUUGACCAUCGUGUGUCACACAUACUAAAUUGUUCCCAAAAUUAUCAACAAAUCAAGGGGGCGGGCCACGACCCCUGUCAAUCAUUCACACUACAGAAAUGAUUGGAAGAGGAUGCUACAGUGCUUGGGCUGUAAAUGUUUUUAAGGUAGAGCAGUUAAUCAUUUUUUUUUUUUUUUACUUUCUGAGAUGCAUCCGCUCAUUCAAGUUUUUGUGCUUGAUACAAAAACAUCAAUAAAUUAAAUGUUUUUAAAAAAUAUAUUGUGUUAAACUCAAGGGAUGUAAGGCUAUUUUGAAAAUGGAUGAUGGGAGGAAGGUGAUGGACAAAAUACAAAACUUCAACAACACUUCUGAUCCGAUCUGCAGUCUGUAAUCAAACCUGAACAUGUUGCCUUGUUCGACGUCUCGCAGGUCUUGACUCCUUUCCUCUCUGCACCUGAAGCUGACUGUACAGCCCUGCCUGUCUGUGUGUCUGCCUGUCUGUGUGUCUGUGUGUCUGUCUGUCUGUCUGUCUCUGUUUCAGCCUUCUUUUAUACAUAUAAACACUUUGGGGGAAAAUUAAAAUAAAAACAAGUAAAAGACAAAAAAAAAAGUUAUAAAUAAUAAUACUGCAAAUGAAAACAAUAAAACAACAACAGUGCUUAUAUCAGUUACGACGACGCGGUCAGUAUUGUCAUCAGUGAUUUUGAUACGAUCAGUAACUAACACAACGAAAUGAAUCAGUAUGACAGGAGGGAUGUGAUGACACGGGAGGACGGCUGUUUGGUGUGUGUGCGUGUGAAUGUGUGUAUCUGUGUGUGAGUGGUGAGGGGAAGCAGCUGGGGAGAAGUGGGGUUCAAAAUUCAAACACACACAUGCAUAUUUACAGAGGGGGGAGGGGGCAUGAGGGAGGGGUUACUGCAAUAUUGAGGUGUGCUGAUGUACCUGCUUGUUGCAUUGUGCGCUGUUCUGUAGCCGGCAAACUAACCCCAGACUGUCAACUAAUAAAUAAACAUGGACUACGCAUAUCCUGAACAGA